CAGGCUUUCAACACGAGACAAAAUGGCGGCCGGCUGGGAACAAACGAUCUGAUUACAGUUAAACGUCACAAUGAGUGUGUCGGUCCGUCCUCUGUCUCCUCCCUCAUGAUGUCACAGAGAGGUCGGACUCGACCUUAAAAGCUGGAGCGUCUCCUCACAGAGCAGACAGCCUGAGAAACUUCACUGUUGUGCUUCUGCUGCUCAUCGUUCAUGUGUCGGACUCUUUGGAGCAGAGAAAUGAGACUGAAGAUCAGCAGACACUGAGACGACAUGGACAAACAGAAAGUGCUGGCCAAGCUCAUCUGGGACCUGCCGUCCUUCCUGUCUGUUCUGGACUCAGAGAACCUGAGCUACAUCGCUCAGGCUCAAAAGAAAUCCAUCUCAGAGCUGCUGUCCAAACUGCAAACCAACGACACUCCUGUGUCUGUUGUGUCUCUAGUGGAAGAUGCUGAGUACAUGAUCAUGAGCUGUCCGUCAUCGUCUCCUAGCAACGAGCUGUCAGACACACCUGGAACAGACGGAGUCCGGUCCUCUCAGCUGCUCUUAAAUCAGGACUCACCUGUGUGGCUGACAAACGGGGGCCCUGUGGUGCCGCCCCUCCCUCCAGGCGGCCUCGGAGGUGAUGAUGAUGAAGAUACCUACGAGGAGGCAGAACCGUACCUACCUGACACGACCACGACUAACACUGAGAAGGCGGAGUCAGACAGCAGUCACUACGAGUCAUAUGGGGAGGAUGAUGAUGAGGAGGAGGAGUCUGUGAAGGACAGCGCUCACUACAUCCAGUGGAGCGCCUCCCAGCCCUGCCUGAGACCCAUCCCCGAGUCCCGCCUGUGUGGUUACCUGUGGAAGAGGAAGUGGCUCGGACAGUGGACCAAACAGCUGUUCAUCAUCAGGAGCAACGUGCUGCUGUGUUAUAAGUGUGCUCAGGACCUGCUCCCUCAGCUGGAGGUCAACCUGCGCGGCUGUCAGCUCGUCUACAAGUCAAAGAGCAACAGGAAGAUCCAGCACCAGCUCAAACUGGUGUUACUGGGAUCAGAGACACUGGUGCUGGGCUACAGCAGCUUCCAGCAGGCCGACGAGUGGAGGAAGGUGAUAGAGGAGGUGAGUGUUGGAGCUGAGGUGGAGAGUCGGAGCUCGUUGUCUCUGGUCAGAUCAGACCAGCUGCUGUCCUGCAGGUCCAGUACAGUCCAGAGUGACUCUGAGGAGGAGAAACCUUCAGCUCGCUGCAGCCUCAGCAAAGACAAAGGUGUGCUGAGCGUGCUGAUGAACUGUCAGUGGCAGAGUUUACUGUGUCAGGUGGAGGCGGGGCUCCUCAACAUGUUCGGAGAGGAGGAGGAGGAGGAGGAGGAGGAAGAAGUGAAGAGGUCGCCUCAGUACACCGUCCAGCUCAGAGGCUGUGAGGUCAGAGCUGGGCCCGACACCAACCACUCCUACAGGAUCACACUGAGCAUGCUCGGUGACCAGGUGGCCGUGCUGGAGGUGAGUAGUUCAGGUGAGAAGGAGCGAUGGUUGAAGCUGCUGCAGGACGGAGCUGCCCAUCACAGUCACCAUGACAACAGCACACAGGAGCUCACAGGUGGAGCUCUCAGUGGGCUGCAGACUCGAAGGUUCCCCACCUCCAACACCUACAUGGACGACCCGUUCCACCUGAGCGGGACCGGCCGAGACCAGCCCGUCUACUCCAACACCUCCAUCCUGGAGCACAUGCUCCACGGCUCUCAGGACUCAGUUCGCUGCAGCUCGGUGUCGUCCAGAGACUCAGUGACCUACAGCAACACCGUCUUCACCAGCCACAACAGGAAGUCUGUGGAGGUGGAGCGAAACGUUCAGAAGCUGGAGCUGACGGGGAAGAGGACGGUGCAGCUGAGGGCGGGGUCAGAGAUCAACCUGGCGUCUGCUGGGAAGCAAAACAAACGCACCUUCAGACAGUCGCUGGCCGUCUGCAGUGAGCGCGCUCAGGCUGGUUUCCUGAGCCCUCUGCUGCGACGGACAGCCUCGGCUAAAAACUCUCUGAGACGAGCUCCUUCAUCACUCUUCAUUGAACACGGGAAGGUUUUCCAGAGGAGAAAGGAAUGGGAAACUAAAGCUGCUGCUUGACACUAACUGACCAUCAUCAUCAUCAUCAUCAUCAUCAUCACCAUCAUCAUCAACACCACCAUCAUCAUCAUCACAUCUACAGUCUACAAACUCUUCUCCUCUCAGCUGAAGAACCUUCUGUAAUCUAACGUGGAUUUAAAGUACCAAACUCAAAGUGGCAUCACUGUUGGCGUCUCUGUCACAAAGACAAACUGGAUCUCUCUCUGUGUUUGUCAGAGUUGCAGCUUCCACCAACACAGGAAACACUGCAGUUUAUUUUCCAAUGUUACUGCAGUUGUUCCACUGACCGUCAUUUCCUCCUCUGGGGGCAGUAACUUUGGAUAGCUACUGAUAGCAAGCGAGGAAAACUAAAGUGUUAUCCUCUUCCUGUUUUGGUUGCACUGUGGUUGAUUUCCACUUUAAUAUGUGCACCCUAACAUAACACUGGUACAGCCUUUGUCCACUGCAUGGAGAUAUUCUCUUUACUGUUGUAAACACUCGAUGUUUGAAGAACCCGAAGCAACGAACAACAGACGAACGUCUGAGGAGGACGAGCAGCUGACGGGGAACGUCAGUUUAUUAGAGUCUGUUGGAUUAGUGCCAAGUGAUGACCUCAUAUCACCAUAUGUCACCAAAAUCAAAUCCUGUAGAUCAUCACUUUAAAAUUUAAUUCAACCUUCCUGGAUUGAAAGUGAAUUUAUAAAGCACAUUUCAGCAGCACAGUAGCUCAGACUGCUUGUAAUAAAACAUCAAAAGCCAAAGCUCCUCUUUGGCUUCAAAAACAAUGACCUCAGUUUGUUUAGUUGAAGAAAAUUGUGGCACAUCCAGUUUGUGAUUUGUCCAGUGCUCUCAGUCAAAGUUCGUAACGGACCAUAGUCCCCCUGAUGAUGUGUCAAUGUGUGUCAUCUGCAUAAUUAUGGUGACAUAUUUUAUUGUUUUUUUAUAGACCCUUUUACUGUUAGUAAAGGGUAUGAUGUUUAUGGUGGGCGGGGCUUAGCUGGAGGAAAAACAAUUCUCCACAGACAUUAGCUAGCGCUAGCUAACAAGUUGUGUUGUCUUGUUUUAGACGAUGGAGGAAGAUGAUGUGAGUGGUGCGUUCAGAAACACUCAUUGUGAGUGUGGGAGCGCACUCUGACACAAACUGGAGCGUUGAUAAAUUGGGAGCGCUGUCUGAAUGUAGCGUUGGGUUAUCCAGAGCAGCGCACUCUCAGAGUGGCAGAGCGCACUCUGGACACUCUGUCUGUGGAGACGGAGCAGCAGAGCGCCGAGCGGAGUGAAUGUGUGAUUAACUUAACCGUUGGUUCAUUCAUGUAGAAAUAUAACGCUGCGUUUCUUCCACCAACAGGGCUCUCAUUUUAGUGUAGAGCGUCAGACUGAAUUUACCAACGCACCAUGUCAGCUCACUCACUCUCCGGGACCGCCAGUGUUACUUGAAUAAGCAAACACUGACCAACGGGACCAGACUGGCCGACCCGUAUGCUCUCACUCAGUGGAUGGAUGAUGUCACAGGAAGCCAAUCUUACAAAGGAGGACCACACUUGUUUGUUUUGCUAUGGAAGCUAACGUUAGCUAAUGUGCUAAAAAGUUAGCGUUGCAGAGAAAUCCAAUCUUCCUCUUAAUCCCUCCCCAGUUUCUGAUGAGGUGGACAUGAUAACCCUUAAUACACAUAACCUUAUUCAUCCCUACAACAGGAAAUACUUUUUCCCUAACCUGAUAUGAAGUGUGCGCUGCACAUGUGAGCGUUUUUGAUGAUGGCCUCCGUCCAGUCCUUUGGUCUUAUCACAUUUAACCAUAGUUGUCUUUGUUUUUGUUGACAGGCAGUGGCGGCUGGUUUUGAGCCAUGACUCCUUCUAUUCUGGCUCCCAAUAACACAACAAGACAAACACAUUUUAACACUCCUAUGGAGCCUACAGCCCUGUGGGGGAGAGGCAGCUGCACCUCCAGCUGAUAACAUGAUGUCACUGUGACGUCGUUCCUAAAAGGGACUAUAAUCUGAGCCAGUGGUAGCAUGUAGGUGUUAAACAGUAGAGGUCCCAGGAUGGAGCCUGGGGGAACACCACAUGUCAUUUUUAAACACUGAUGUAAAUGACCUACAAACACAAAGUCGUCCCUGUUCAUUGAGUCAAAAUGGAAUCAGUUUAGUACUGUGCCUGAAAGUCCCACCAGGUUUUCCGUGUAAUACAAAGCAGCCCAAACUGUAUCCAGACUGCAGCGACCGUCUGUGGCAACAAAUGUGUGAACAUAUCCGUAUGUGCAGAAACCUGAUUUAUUAUAAACAGAAACAGUGCACGGCUGGUUUUCAACAUUAUUAAAGUGGUGUGGGUAGUUUUCAUAAACUGAACACACACAUAAAAGCUCUCACAAUUUCUUUAUUAACAUCAUUUUAACCACUAAUCUGAGUUUAUUUGGGGUAUUUAUAUUUCAAUAAUAUAUUGAUGCAUUAGAAUCCAGUGCACUUCCUGGUUCUGUUGGAGUUUUGCAGCAGCUGUAUCAGAUGAGCCGCCGUCACAGCUGGAGUCUGAACUGUCCGUCAGCUGAGUUUGAUCCUGUGUGUCUGUGAAAUUAUGAUAGAAAUCAUCUGUGUGUCGAUAAAACUUUAAUCUGUUCAGUCUGAUGACUUAUUGUUGUAAAUUCAGGUCACACAUUAGUUUAAUCCCACGUGUUCUCUAACUGAAACAGUUUGUCUGUUCUACACUUGAUUAUUUUAUACACAUGUUGAUUUAUGUUUUUUUCCAUGACGUCACUUGUUUGUAUAAUUUUUAUAUUUACUGGAUUUUAUAAUAAUCUCAGGAGAACGUUUCUGUCGUUGAUGUCGGACUAAACACUGAUCUGUAAAAUGUUACUGUAAUAUUAAAAACUUGAUUUUACAUCAUCUUUGCUUUUAUUCAUAAAGGUUUAAAAUCACAGCAGAGAUGCAAACAGACGUGGAGGAAGUACUCAGAAGUAAAAGUAGUAAUAUCAGAGUAGAAAUACUUUGUUAGUAAAAGUACAGAAGUAUUUAGCAGUACCUUCAAAAUACACUUGAAGUACCAAAAGUUCUCAUUAUUUCUGAAUAUUAUUUAUGA